GAUGAUUAGUUCUUGCUAGAUUUUUUUGCAACUGUGCAACGAAUAAACACAGAAAGGAAGAAAUAUGGACCAACGGCAGCUCUUCGUUCCGGACGUGCGUUGCACAGCAUAUGUGUCUAAUCUUCCCUUCACUUUAACCAACAUUGAUGUGAAUAAAUUAUUCUCUAUUCACGGGAAAAUUAUAAAGGUUACUAUUCUUCGGGACAAGGUGACUAGAAAAAGCAAGGGUGUUGCUUUUAUCCUCUAUUCCAAGCCACAGGAGGCACUUGAGUGCUGCAAUGCCUGCAACAAUGCGGAGAUGUUUGGACGUAUGUUAAAGGCGAGUAUAGCGAAGGAUAACGGCAAAGCGUCGAAGAAUGCUCACCGGAAACAUUAUCCGAAUAAGAGUCGUUGCUUCGAAUGUGGCGGUGAUGGUCAUUUGAGUUACAGCUGCCCAACGAAUGUUCUCGGCAGCAAGACACCACCGCACAAAAAUGCAAACGGAAGAACACAUUCACAGCACAAUGUUGUCGAGGACUUUGAGUAAUCCGAAAAAAUCGAAUCCGAAUCCGAAAUAAUAUUUUCGAUAGAAAUAUCGUGGAUAGGAGGUUUUGUAUUUUUCUUUCGAUGCGACCUUAGCCAAAGUACAUCAGAUUACAGGCAAGCUCAGUCUCCUAAAUGAC